UGAAAAACUUGCUGUGCCUUCUCAUAAAAAUUACAUAUGGAGGAAAAGGCGGGAAGCCGAGUAAUACACACAUACAUAGCAUGUGUGAUAAUAUUAUAACUUUAGAGGAAAAAUUCGCACAUGUGCGAGCGAGAUGGGUGAAACACGCGCAGUGGGGGAAAGAACGAAAGAGCGGAAACACGUGCGGGAAAAGGACGCAACGAGGGACCGUAGUAUGACGAACGCGAGGCAACCGGUGCAGACGAUGGUGCGGGCAGUCUGCGCACGGACAUCGAUCGAGGUUCACGUUCCAUCCACUCCCCGAAAUUUCCAAUUGUUUCUCAAAUCGCGCGAAAUAUUAACGAUACGUCACGUACUUACAGAGAGAGAAAGAGAGACACGCCGCGGUAUUUGAUGCGGUGAAUCGCGUGCGUGACAGUGCGAUGACACCUGUGCUUUUCCGAGAGGAACGAACCGUCCAGUACCGCAGCCGUGGGGGGUGUUUUUCCGCCGAUGCACCAUAGGAGUUUUCUGCAGCAAUCGGAAGACGUCGGUUCGCCAGUGACCUCGCCGUUGAAAGGAAGCUAGACAAAAAAUGUUCAAACGCUUGUCAAAGUCGAGGCGUCAUAGCGCCGAUGACGUUGCUCUCUCUUUAUCGGGUUCCACGGUUCCGCUGGACCAGUUGUCGGGGACUUCGAUGCCGCGUGACAACAAUCAGGAUCUAAACACUACGAGUUUACUGAAAAUCUCCAGGUCCAAGUAUACGCGGAGGAGCUGCGGCGAUGCGGACGCGAUGCAGACGUUGCUCGAAGUGAAACAAGACAGUCAACAGGAUGUCAUCGAAGCUGACUAUCAGACGGUUACGGCGGUGCCGGCCUUUAUCGUCGAGCAUGAUCCGGGUAAGCAGCGAGUGUCGGGUCUAGGAAUUUGGGGUCGCAGGAUGGGCAGAAAGAUCGAUUCGUUUCGGCGGACCAGAUCCCGCGAGACUAUUUGUUCCAUUACGGAAAAAUCUGCCAGUACCGACCACAACAGUGUCAACAAUAAUAAUAGCAAUAACAUCAACAACAACAAUGCUUGUACCAGCAACAAUAAUAUUAAUGUUCAUCAAUUGAGUCAGAUGCACUUGGACGAAAAGAUGAACAGAAAGUCACCAUUAGUUUGUAACCGAUCUCCGUCUCCGUUCAAAUCAUUUUUCAUUCGGAUGGGUUCCACCGGAAUGCUCAACUCGACCAAAGCCAAUAGGAGAUCUCAGAAUAUCGAGGAGAGAGCGAAUCUACCGGACAAGGAAAGUUUAUUUCGGAGCUGCAGUACCAGUCAAUUGAACAGCAGUCCGACCUACGUGAAGGGCGACGAUCCCUCGGAGGGUAUAGAUUUGCAGAUAGCCGCGCGGAAGGAUAAGACGGUGUCCUGCGAUGAUUUGGCGGUUCAUCGGAACGAUAAGCAAAGUGUCUUCGAAGCUUCUUGCGCCUCCGCGUAUUCGCUGGGCGGUCCCUCGGUGAGCUUCAGCACUUGCGACCUCGGACAAACUAAGGACGAGUCGUUCAUGAGAAAGAGUAGCAGUUGCGACCUGAAGGAAGCGAAAAAAUCUAGCUUCCCGUACGCUUUCUUGCGAUCGAAGCUGUCUGUGUUGCCAGAGGAGCGUCACGGUUCGUCGUUCACCAAGGACGAGAGACUCUUCAAGACGGUCUCGGAGGAGCACUUUCCGACUCUGCAGAUCGAAGACUCGUACAUCGGUACGACGACCCUUGGACGGAAGAGAUCCAGGAUCGGAUACGUCGGUCGAGGCGACAACGGGAAGAAUCGGGAGAUCACUUCGCGACCGAGUCGGACUUCUUGCGCGGAAUUCCAAAGGAAUUCCAGCAGAUACGAAGCCGACAGAUACAGCCUGAACGCGAGCCGCCUCGAAAGAAUCGAGGCCGGUUUUCAGCAAGAGGGUAUUGCGACCUGCUACAGUCUUUUCGACAGCAGUUUACUGUCCCUCCGGGAGAAUGUCGAGUUUCACGUCGAGGACACCGCACGCGACAAGGCGGACUUUACCGGUAAAAUAGUACUCGGGAUUGCCUCGGAGAAUUGUAACGUGGACCUCGAUGUGAUGUCCGCUAUUAGGAACAACCGGCGAAAUUCCGUGUCGAGCUGCGAACAGAGGCUAUCGUCUCACUACGUCAGUUCAAACGAAUCCGGAUACGAUAGCGAUGGACCGCGAGGUGAGCCCGUGAUAGCUUCCGAGAACGAGAGACUGAGCUUCAAGUGCAGCUCCGACACCAGCAGCGUCAUGGACUCGGAAUUGGAAAAACCGAUAAGGAGCUCGACGCCCAGCGAGGGGGAUCAGGAUCAGGAUGAAAAACAGGCUGGGAAAAAUAGGCGGAAUUGCGACGAGAACAGAUCGGAUGCGAUCUCUCGGAUGAGUAUCGAGAGGCUCGACGGUCUCAGGUGGCAUCGGAGUGGCUCCGGAAGAUUGUUGCCUAGCAUUCACGGGACGUCCUUCGAAGAGGAGGCCGUGUUGCGAUUGGAAGACGCUCAGCUUCCUAAUUGCGAGGAUAGAUUGAGUCUUUUGUCGAACACGGCGAAAGCGCUGGACGUCUCGCCUCAUCGUAUGAGGUUACAGCAGGAUAAAACGAGGUUUCUGAGCGAUAUUAUUCAACCGUUGACGCGGGUACGACGAUGUUGUCUGAUACAGUUGCACAAGAGGGAUCCUAAGGAGAGUCUAGGGAUUCGAUUGGCGCAGCAGAGACUAGGUGAUCUGCGAUACAUCGUCGUACAACUUGAAAGCGACGGUAUUGCUCAUAGGGAUGGCAGAUUGAGAUUAGGCGACGAGAUCGUCGAGGUCGAAGGCAAGGAGCUGCGAACGUUGGAAAGCCUCGAGGAAGUUCAGGAGUUCCUGAGAUCCUCUACCGGAAACACGAUACGACUAACGACGGCUUACGAGGAAACGGUGCCGCAAGUAUACGAGAAUCCGUCGCCGAGUACUUUACCCGGCGAAUAUGAGUACCUGGAAAACGCGAAGAAUCUCUCCGACAUGUCGUUGAUCGAUCCCGAAACGAAUUACGCUUCCUCGUCAGUAACGGAGACGACGAAGAAAAAGAAGAAGAAGACAACCGACACCGGUGCGGAGUCAUUUCAGCCGAGGAAAAGACCCGAUUUCCUGCCGCUUUCCGCGCGCUUAUCCGAAAAUCAAAAAGACAUCAAGGACAGUGGCCCGGAACCCGUGACGGAAUCGCAACAAUAUUUAAUGAAGCACAUGGCUAAGUUCGAAAAGGGUUACGGCAAACCCAGUCUAGGCUUCAGCGUCGUAGGUGGGAGGGAUAGCCCGCGCGGCGACAUGGGAAUUUUCGUGAGAAGGGUCUUUCCUGGCGGUCAGGCCGAUACUUCCAAAUCGUUAUUUCAAGGCGAUGAAAUCUUAACUUUAAAUGGGCAAAUUUUGAAAGGACGCACACAUCAGGAAGUCAUCGAAUUAUUUAAGAUGGUGAGAGAGGGUACCGUUGAACUAGAGAUUACGAGAAGACACAGAUAUCCUAGGAAUACACUAAAAAGUGCGCCGUAUUAAAAAGGAUCGAUGAAAAAGAAGCUGCCCACCGGAAGUGCUCUUUAGAUUUAGAUUUAAAAUCUAUUACAUUGUUCAUAGGAGAAAACGACGUUUUAGGAUUCUAGUCUAUCAAAAGAAAUUUAUGACUUACGACGUAUAUUUUCUCUCUUUCAUAUAAUUUAUUCCGCGCGACUGCCUAAUAGAUUAAUAAGUUUUAACAUUAUUAUUAUUAUUAUUAUUAUUAUUAUAUAAUACUGUGUGGUAUUGUUAUAACUAUAUAUUAUUAU